UUUUUCUCAUCUUCUCCCCUAUAUAAAUAGGACAGAACCCCCUCCCCUCUCCUUCACAGCCACAUCUUUUCAUUUCAAAAAAUCCCAACCACCACGUCCUCCUCCUCCUUCCCCUUCUCUCUUCUUCCUUCCUUUCCCUUCCAUUUAAUAGAGGAGAAAGAAAGGAAAAGGCCAGACAGACAGACAUAACAACAAUAACCCUAACAGAUUCUUGUAAAUUUUUCUUCUCUUCUUGUCUAGUCUAGUCAUUAUUAUUGUUGUUUGUUUAAAUUUAUUAUGGGGACUGAGGUUUUGAGACCACAAGAUUGUCUGACUGAAAGAACAAGAGUUUCUCCCUGUCGGAGGAGGAAUUAUUACUAUGGAAAUGGGAACGGGAACUUUGCAAACCCUAGCGUUUAUAGCUCUAACAACAACCGCAACAAUCCUAGGUUCAAUAGAAAACCAACAACGGUUCGGUCUGAUAGAUCUGACCAGAGAAAGAAACAAUCAGAGCCGUCGGUUUCAAAGAAAUCACGCUCUGUUGAUGAUUUUGUCAAGAUCUGUAAGAAUAACAGCAGCAACAACAAAGGGAUGGAGAAAGUGACUAUUUUGCGGCGAGGAGAGUCGCUAGAUUCGAAGAUCAAGAGCAGCGAGACUGCGUCUGCGACUGUUUCCUCGAAGAAGGAACAAGGAAAUGGUGGAGAUUUGGUUGUUACUAAUACGGAUAGAUUGGGUCCGGACCCCAAAAUGGUUUCAAAACAGAUGAGGAACGUGGAUCUUAGGCCUCCGGUGGCUGGGAAUUGUGAUAUUUACGCCGGAUCGGCCUUUUCAGUAUCUCCGCCACCGAGUUCGCUUCCCUUACCGUUGUUCUCAAAGAAGAAGCAUCUGUCGGUUGAUGACUCAGCCACCAGAGACCUCAGGCGUUUGCUUCGGCUCGAUAUUUGAGAUCCGAGUAGAAUCUUUCGGGUCCGGAUUCGGGUUGCCCUUUUCUUUCCAUGUUAAUCUCUCUAGCCUCUAUGUUUCGUCUUUGAUACGCUUCCCUUGAUUUCCGGGAUCCUCCCGUCAGCUUUUUACAAAACUGGAGGCAGAUCUGGAAAUCAGGGAAAAAUACGGGGGCGAAUCAGUUAAAUUUGUGGUGUUAUGUAAUAUUGGGUUGAUCCGAGGGCUGUUUUUUAAAAUGGGUUGUAUGGGUAAAUAGGGAGUUGUCUAGGGUGGAGAAAUGAAAAAAAGGAGGAAAUUGGGGGGGUGGAUGUUGUAAUAUUUGGGAGUUAGGGUUGUGAGAGAAGGAAUGGGUGGAAGUCUUUGUUAGGCCACC